UUCUCUUCCAAGAUCUACACGCCGCGAAAAACCAUACACAUAGUUACGCAUCGGAGUUCGACGCCAAUAUGACUGAGCUCGGCAGUAAGUUUGGGAGGCCGGACCUCGAUCGCAUUGGCAUUUUCAGCGAGGCGCCGUACAUAUCAAUCGGGGACCGCUACAUCUCAAACAAAAAUGGGUCGUCACUUUCCGAGCGCAAUAAAGGGAAGCAGUUCUUGACAAACCCAGGGAAGAGGGGUCACGACACGAAAGAUGUUUAUUUUGUAAAAGACUCAAUACGUCUUUUUGAGAACGAAUCGUACACCGACCCUGUGUCCCUGAGGCGCAGAUGGAGGAUCCAAGCAAAGGAGAAAAACAUCGUGCCAAACCCCUUCCGCCCGUCUAACGUUCCCCCGACACCAUCCGGGAAAGGGUCUUUCUAUGGAACGUUCGCUCAGCAGUGGCCCAUAGAGCGAAAGAAUGAAGGCAGCAUUCCCUCGUUCACAGCUACACGGGAAUCCGCGAGAGGAUUACCGCCAAAAAAGAACUUCCUGACGAACCCCCCAAAGAAGGGAACUGGCUAUGGAUACCCCAACGUCACGAUUGGGACCGCGCACGAAUAUAUUGGGGAUGCUUACAAUGCGGCGGAAAUGGGAAACAGGAAAGAUCAUGCGGAACACAAGAAAAGGGUCGUUGGAGAACGUCCCUUUGUUAGCAGUGGACAUCACAUGGAUUUUUUCAACAAUUUUGUAUCGCUCGAUACAACUGACGGCGCAAAAGCCCCACCCAAACCAACCUCCGCCAAAAGAACUAUCAAGCAGCCCAACGUUCCUUUCAAACCAUCGUCGUACCCAGGAUACACGAUCAAUAAGUAUCCAUCGGCCGAGGAACCAGGCAAGGCUUCGGAACCAACUCAUCCGAAAGGCCCGACGCUCAUUUUCCGACCUGGCGGGGUACCGAAAACGUACCCUAUCCGGUCUAUCGUCGAGACCAAUAUUCCGCUCGCUCCACCGCCAUGGAUUAGAGCCGAGGCUGAGGCCGUUAAAGCGAUGACAACAUCGUUGAAGGCUAGCUAGAUAGAUUAUAGGAGAAGAGCGCAGAAUAGGACGUUCUUUCAGAUGUAGUACUUUCUUCCACAGCUUCUUAUCAUUUCCUGACAUUCCCGCUAUGGAGGUUCGCCAGGGGGCAUAUCACUACCCUACAAGUACCCGGGUUACACUAUCAAUAGUAUCCAUCGGCCGAGGAACC